AUGGUAAUACCAAGUCCAAAUGCGGUCCUCAAACGCUCACCACUAGAAACAGUCUGCUAUCAAGCCAACCUGAUCCUGGAUCCUUUGCGGAACAUCGUUGGCAUCAACAAGCACCUGGGAACUGCCCUUGUUGCCAUGGCUGCUCUUGUCAUUGCAAUGCAUCUUACCAACAUGACAUUUGCAACACGCGAGUACUUCGUGCGGAAAAGCCAAAUAGUCCAGAGGCGUGAGUCAACGUGGCUUCGAUGA